AUGAAGCGUGCGCCCGCGCGCUCCGCUGCCGACGACAAGAAGCUCCAGGCCGCCCUGAAGAAGCUCAACGUCCAGCCCAUCCAGGCCAUCGAGGAGGUCAACAUGUUCAAGUCCGACGGCAACGUCAUCCACUUCGCUGCUCCCAAGGUUCACGCCGCUGUCCCCGCCAACACCUUCGCCAUCUACGGCAACGGUGAGGACAAGGAGCUCACUGAGCUCGUCCCUGGCAUUCUCAACCAGCUCGGCCCCGACUCCCUCGCCUCUCUCCGCAAGCUCGCCGAGAGCUACCAGAACAUGCAGAAGGAGGGCAAGGACGGUGAGGAGGACGACAUCCCCGACCUCGUCGAGGGUGAGAACUUCGAGAGCAAGGUCGAGUAA